AUGUUUCGGGCGUAUAAGAAUCUUUCACCAAAGACCCGGAUGGGCGUGGGUGCUGCAGUCAUCGCAUGGGGCGGCGCGGGCCUCUACUUGUCAGACCACGCUGAGAAGCGAUUCGGCUACACCCCGACAGAAAAGGAUCAGGAAGAACUUCGCAAGAUGACGCCUCGCAUCACCACAGUGGAUAGGAAUGAGAAUCGCUGA